AUCAGCACCAUAUGUUUGUUUUCUGUCAUUCUCAAUACAUGUAUAUGGUAACAUGUAGAAAUAGAACUGUCAGUGGUAACUUGUUUAUAGUAACUUGUUAACAAGCAUGGGAUGGACACUUGGUACAUGUAUAUAGUUGUCAUGGAAUAAUAUGGAUUAGUAUGCUUUCUGCAAAACAGAGAGUUAAAUUUGAAACAGUUGUGAGUUUCUAGUUUGCUGUUUGAUGAAAGCUUAAGACUGAUAUGGCUCGAUGACGGAGCUGGUGUCAUUCAGUAUCCAGCGUGAAGUACAGCUGAGGUUUCUCUCACCAGCCGAUAUACCAGAGGUGAAGAAACUAUGCGCAGAAUGGUUCCCAAUAGAAUAUCCUGAUGUUUGGUAUGAGGAGAUAGCCUCGAAUCCAAAGUUUUAUUCCCUUGCAGCAACAUACCAUUCCAACAUUAUUGGCUUGAUUGUGUGUGAGAUUAAACAGAAAUCCAAACUCAAUAAAGAGGAUGCAGAUAUUUUGGCUCCGUCAUUUGCGAGUACAUCACAGGUGGCUUAUAUUCUAAGUCUUGGUGUUGUCAUAGACUUCAGAAAUCAUGGUAUAGGUUCACUAUUAUUAGAUAGUUUAUUAUCAUAUUUGACAACAAAAGAGCGAUGUAACUGUAAAGCCGCCUACCUCCAUGUAUUAUCUACAAAUCAAACAGCGAUAAGAUUUUAUGAGCGCCGUAACUUUGGUGCACAUAGUUAUCUCCCCUAUUACUACUCAAUACAGGGAAAACCAAGGGAUGGAUAUUCAUAUGUGCUAUAUAUUAAUGGAGGAAAACCACCAUGGUCCUUAUUUGACUACAUGAGUCAUUGUGGUUCCCUGUUAACAAAACUUCAGCCGUGUGCGUUACCACGUCAGAUCAUGCGGACUGUCAGACGAUGUUUUUGCCGUAUUCUCAGUGCAGGUAGCAGCGAUACUACAAACAGCUAUGUCUCGUGAAACGAUCGACAAUUCUAUAAAUCAGCAGAUUGAACAAGAGUUUUUACAUAUAGCAACUGAUACUGUCAACAAUUUUAUAUUUUCUUUAUUACACUGAUUUAUAAGUUUAUAGCAUUUGAAUAAAUAUGCUUUAUAUGAAUUGAAAAUAUUUAUGUUGAAGAUUAUAGGUAUAUAUUUCAAAGCCGUCCUUUGAAUGAUUCAAGGAGUAUUUGUGCACUUGGCAUAACAGAGAUGCUUUUGAAUAUGAUAUACUUAUUACAGGAAAAUUGUGCAUUUUAUACAAAAAUUAAGAUUCUGCAAUCCAUGUCAACUGAUAUUAUUGUUUUAAAGGAUAAAACACACUAGAUUACAGGUAGAAAUUCUAUAUUUUUCCACCAAUUAUGAUUAUAGGACAUUAUGUGGCAUCCAAGAUUUUCAUGUUUAUAUAAAACAUGUAAUUUUUUGUAUUUGUAGGUAAAUGAAGCUAGAACUUUUGAAGCUUUUUGUUUCAACAUAGAAUUUUAAGUUCAAGAUUUAUCUAACAAAUGAUAAGAGUAUUGAUUACAAAAGACAAUUUUCUUUUCAUUAAUAGUAUUGACACUUAAAGUGUAUAACUUGAAUAUAUAUUUGAAGACAUGUAUUUAAGAAUUUAAUAAAUGAAAGAACUUAAUCUGACAGGAUGAAAAUUGAUAAUUAAACUAACAUGUGUUUAUAAUUAUUAAUAAUAAUUGCAUUUAAUGUUUUGAAAAAGACUGUAACAAAGCUCAGUUAGUUAUAUUCUAUGACUAGAAGAGAAUUGUACAUAUACAUAUAUAGUAUAAACAGACAAUUUAGUAAAUAGUAUUUAUUUUCCUGAUUAUGAAUGUUAAGCAUAGAUCCAAAGAUGUAACAUAAUUUCAUAUCUAAUUCAGAAAUAUAUUUUAUUCCUGAUCCAUGGAUAAGAUGUACAACCAAACCUGCAGUUUAUCACCACCAUACACUGCUAUACUUAUAAUGUGCAAAGAAUUGUUUUUCAUCUACUGAUGUUGUUAUAUUAAUUUAUUAUUAAUUAAUCAUUGAGAUACAGUAGCACAGUUUUCCUGCGGUAUAAAAGAACGCUUUUUUUUUCAAAUGAAUGUGUCUGUUCGGUUGAAACUGCCAUCUUGUUACUAGUCCAUCGCUCUCAUGAAAUAAUGUCCCAUUUUGGUCCAGUUACUCUGAUCAUUGUCCAAAGCAAUAUUGAAUCUGGUACUGGCUAGUGAACUUUUUUUAUACAUGUUGAAUAUUAACUUUAUAUCAUAUAUCCACUAACAUAGUUUUAGAAGAUACCCUUAAGGGAUAGUGAAAAAUAUUGUUGUUUUUAAAAAAAGAGUACAGUGUUAAGAAAUAAUGAUGUGAGUUUCAAAUGAAUCUGAUUGGUUAGUAAUUCUGCAAAUUAACCAAAUUGAAUGACAUAUCUGCAUUUAGUGACAGGAAUCCAUCAAAUAUGGAAUGUGUAUUUUUUCUUAUAUAGUGUGCCAACUAUUUGUAAUUGGGAAAAUGUACUGUAUGUAAAGAAUUCCCAGACAUAUUGUAAAUUUUUAUUAUUGCAGUAUUAUUAAAAAAAAGUAAUUUUUAAUUCAUGUGCUAAUAUUGAUUUGUGCCAAUACCUGAUUAAAGAGCCAUCCAAAUGUCAUCUCAUUUACUUGAAAUGAAAUCUUGUUGUUAAAGAAAAAAAACAUGUUUUGUCAUAUUUGCAAUUUUAAUUGAUUUUAUUGGGUUGAUACCCUAAAAUAAUGAUGUACAUGUAGACGGAGACUCUAAAGUAGAUCUAGAGUGUGAUCAAUUUUUAGCACCAUUCAUUUACAAAUGAACUUCCAUUUUAGAAUUUCAGUGAGUGUAGGCAUUGCAUCAUGGGCUGUUUUAUUCACAUGUUUUAUAUUGUUAAAAAAUAUAUUUAAAUCGGUAAUUGAAAAGACAUUCUAGAAACAUUAAAA